GAUAGUUCAUUCAGGGGUGUUUUACAAGUCUGCAUACAUUUGUACGUAAAGUUAAAAAUGUUUUGUGUUCGGGUAAUAUUUUUAUUUCUAUUAUUAUGGGAAACAACUUCAAUUAUUCUAAAAAACGGUGGAUACGAAGAGGUUUAUGUUAUUGUACAUGACAGCAACAACGAAAGUGACAUACUUCUGAGAAGGAUUCAGGAUAUAUUGACAAGUGCCUCGAAACUGUUGUUUACAGCUACUCAUAAUCAGGUUUAUUUUAGAAAGAUAAACAUAAUCGUGCCCGUGUCCUGGUCUUCGAAACCGGAAUAUAAAAAACUUCCCGCCUCACCAAUUAAAGAGUCGUAUUUCUCAGUGGAUGAAAAUGGUUUCCCUACUCCCCAAGUUAGAGGACAAUUUAUAUGUGGGAAAGGAGGCCAUUACAUGCAUUUGUCACCUAAAUUUCUUCUGCAAAAAAGACGGUCAAGUUGGGGGCUGCAUGAUAGAGUAAUUGUUCACGAGUGGGGACAUCUAAGAUGGGGUUUAUACAACGAGUUACCCAUGGGAGAAAAAUUCUAUCAGGCAGGUGGGAAAUGGAAUCCAGUAAGGUGUACUGACUCCGUGGACGGAAAAAUAGGUUUACGUGGCGGAUGUUUACCGGCAUCAAAUAAAUGCAACACAAACGACACUAGCAAGAAAAUGAACAAAGAAUGCUCCUUCUGCCCCGAUCCAUAUCAAGAUGUAGAUGCAAGUUUGAUGGGCAAUCAGUGGAUAAAUGCGUUGUCUCAAUUUUGUGACAAGGAUGAUCCGACGGUAAAAAAAGAACAUCGGCAUAACAAACUUGCUCCAACGAAACAAAAUAAGCAAUGUAAUUACAAAAGCGCUUGGGAAGUUAUGAGGGAGCACAAAGAUUUUCAAACCGCGGUGAAACUUCCGGCUUCCACCAGUACCACCCCUGAAUUUAAGAUAAUUCAAGAGACAACUAGCUAUCGCGUGUUUGUUCUUGACAUAUCGGGAAGUAUGCAGGGAACCAGAAUAGCAACUCUUCAACAAACAGUUCAGUACAUCAUAGAGCAACUGAUUUCCAAAGGAAGUUGGCUAGGUAUAGUUUCAUUUAGUUCAGGCACUACAGUAGAAAAAUACAUGACAGAGGUCAAUACACAAGCUGAUCGUGAUAAUCUAAGACAGGCUAUACCAACAAAUGCCAAAGGGGGUACUUGUAUUGGAUGUGGACUAAGUGAAGCAACACAGGUCUUGAAAAGGCAUCUUGGAAAUGCAGAAAAUGGAGAAAUCAUUCUUAUCUCUGACGGAAUGAAUAAUGAAAAUGACGUGGUUGAUAUAAAUGCAGCACGCCGAGAAGUAGUUGCUGAGAAAAUAGUGGUUCACACUAUAGCUGUGUCACAACAAGCUGAUACUCUGCUUAGUGACAUUGCAAAGGAAACCGGCGGACAAUAUUACACGUACCUUGACAAAGGGAGUAUAAGUCUUGUUGGUGCCUUCUCUCAAGCAAUCUCGGGUGGCCUUACGUCAACUGCUCACCAAAAUGUAAUGCUUUUAUCGGAGAAGAGGGAUUCGGUAAACUCUACAGUUAAUAGAUUGAGAUUUUCAAUUGAUGACAGCCUUGGAAAAGACACUUCAUUUACCUUUAUGACACAUACUGAUAACAAUAUACAACUACAACUCAAUGGACCAAACAAUUAUUCACAACUUUUUGAAUCGCAAGGAAAGAUUGCUACGUUAUCUAUUCCUGGUAUUGCACAGGCUGGAGAAUACGAGAUGACAAUAACAACAGACACGACUCCCCAAACUGUUGAGUAUCAUGCAAAGUCAGUGAGAACGAGCAACGAUAUAAUAAAAGUAACGUCUAUGUUAUCAACUAAUGAUAUUGACUUUUCUUCUGGUGAACUACCUAUAAUAUUCGCCGAUGUAACGAAAGGUUAUCUUCCAAUUCUAAAUGCGACAGUUUCUGCUCGUGUGGAGACAGGCAGUAAAUCGUGUGAUGUUCAUCUAAAGGACGACGGUGUUGAUCCUGAUGCAUUUGUGAACGAUGGAAUCUACUCAGGGUAUAUAUUUCCCAAAUGCUUAGAUUCUGGCCGAGUGAACGUGAAAGUAAACGUAAAGGGAAGUCGGGGAGAAACAAUGAUACUGAAAAGUGUGACAGGGGCCUCGAGUCCGGACGAAGUUGAUGAGGAGCCUAAAAUUUAUAACAGUUCCUUUCAACGUGUUGAGUUUCUGGAGGAGCUAUACGUUACAAAUUAUGAAGAUACUGGGUCAUCUGAUGUUAUUGCACCAGGAAGAAUUACUGACGUAGCAUUGUACCAUAUACGGACAGAAUCAUUAACCCGUGGAGAAAGCCGUAACUUUACGAUAACAUGGACAGCAACAGGAGACGACAAAAGUAUCGGUCAAGCUUUCUUCAGUCCUAUAAAUAGUUCUGCGUUGUUAAGAAACGGCGACAUUAUUAUUCUAGACUGCCAAUCUGAAAGUAUGUGUAUGACCCUAUGUAUACAUAACACUUUAUUUUCGCUUCUAUAUAUUGCAGCUUCAAGUUAUAUCCUUGGCAUUUCGGAUGAUUUUGAAACUUUGCUAAACGAGUUUGAUUCUGCUGAACAACUCGAAAUGAGAAAUGUGUCAUUAAUUCCUCAAGAGGCAGGCGAAACGGAAGCUUUGAAGAUAGUCGUCGAUGCUGAGAAGGUCUACACAGAAACUGCGUAUUUUGCUAUCAAAGCUGUAGAUGAAGCUGGGAACAAGGGUGAAGUCUCAAAUAUCAUCUCUAUAGUCGUUGCUCGGGGCUAUCGUGUUGCUGGUGAAGAAGGAUCUCUCGCUAUUGAAGAUGAUAAAGUUGAGGCAACGUCAUUCGCAGUAUAUAAUUGUGGAAUGAAAAUACUUAUAAUUGUACAGUUAUGUUUACAUUUGAUUUUAGGUUUAUAUUGAUAUCUGCUGAAAUCACUCAAGGUUAUUAAUUAUAUAUCUCGGAGGCAAAUAUCCUUUUUCAUAUUCUUUACUGUUUAUACAUGCAUUUCUUGAGAUAACAUUUCAUACAGAAUUGCCAUUUGAGUUCACACAGUAAACUUGAAAUACCUGGCGUUUCGAACGAAAAAGGAAAACAAUCAUUCAGCAAUAUUUUCAAAGCAAUAACUAGCAUUAAAUCAAAUUGAAAUAUUUUAGCGGACUCAGCUGACACUAACACGACUGUUUGUUAAAACUAUUUGAUUUACGUUAAUUGGUUUAUGUAAUAUGUAUAUUAUGUGUCAUGUUUGCAGAUAUCUAUAAUCGUUGUUUAAAUUGCUGCUUAUAUUUUUCAAGUGCUUGAAUAAAGCAAUAAUAUUAGUGACAUGAUAUAAUUAUUGCAUAAUUAAUACUUUAAAUUACUGGAAAGUCAUUGUGUUUCUUAUGUUGUUGCAGAAACUAAUAUAUUGUAAUUCAGUUACAUAAUUUUAAAAGCAAAUCAAAUUCUACCAUAUUUUUCAUAUAAAUGUUAUUUGUGUUGUCAUGACAACGGAAAUUUCAAAGCACCCAUUCAUCAUAAAAAUUAUAGAUGUGCAUAGAUAAAAGGCCCGCGAUGAAACCAAAAAUAUACGGUUAAGUUAUUUUUCAGUAAAAUCACCUUAAACUGUUCCCAAAUAAUCAAAUGUAUGAUGUGUAGUAAGUGAUACGCAUAAUUUGUUCCAUUAAUGACUUGAAAAAUACACGUCAUGCAUAACGACGUUAUACUGUUUUCAUGACGUUCUUUACGUCACAUCUCAAAAUGCCUUCUGUGACUUACUUAAAAGCAUUGUAGCUAUUGAAAUAGUGAAGAUAAUCAUUUUAAAUUUUCAGAUUUAAAAAGUAAAAGAAUAUUCUUCAUGAAUAUUUUGUUAUCUCAAUUUUGAAAUUUCUGUCACUAAUGCAGGUUUCCUCAUGGAACGCCCCAUAUAUUUGUGUUUACAAUCGCUACUAGUGAGAAAGAAUAUGUCACAGUAUGUGGUACGAAAAUGAAACUAUUUGUUUUCGUAAAUAAUAACCUAGAGCAAAGAAACUAGAUCAACGGGAAGCAUAGUAGGGCAGUGGUAGAGCGCUGCACUUCGAGUAGCAGGUCAUGCGUAUUACCCUCCGAGAACGGUCUUAACCAAACCGAGCAUGUGACAUUUUCAUUUUUUCUUGUUUGGCGGUCUGUGGAGUUUCAAUUUUGAUAUCGGUGAUAACGUUGUUUUCACUAGUGUUUUACCAAUGCGAUAUCCCUUCAGAAAUACAAAUAGUAGGUACAGAUUUAGUAAACAUAAAAAACUGGAUGGAUGUAAAGUAUGUUUUAACAAGAUGAUGUUAUACAACAUGCUAUCUUCAGUCAAAACAAACGUGCACCUUUUCCGUUUAAAAUUUCUCAUUUUAAAUGAGUACCUCACUGUCGCCAACUGCGAAUUAUGUUUCAAAUGACAUAUUAUACACUCUGUCGACAAUGCUCCUAGUAUGUCAACAUAAAUACUCCUUGUGCAUUAUUGUCAUUGUUCCACGUUUUUUUUUUGUAUCAUAUUGCUCCUGUUUCUAUGUAGUGUAUUGCACCUUAAUGUGUUUAUUAUGUAAAUGAUUUUCUCAUAGUGCUUUUUUAUUUUUAUUCUAAACUUCUUGAAUUUCAUGUUGGCGGAAAAUAUUUGUUUUAUAAAAAGGCUUCGAUAAUGUUGAAGUUCGGAGCAUUUGUAGGUGACUGUUGAGAAAUAUAGUGUAAAAUUAACAGUGAAACGUGAUAUUAUCAAAUUGUGGUAUCUAUAAACUAUUUGGAUCUAUAUUUCAUUGGAAUUUAUUUAUUUUACUGUCAUUGUGAUUACAAGAUAUCUACAAAUUAAAUAUGAAUUUGUC